CGUAUCUCAAUAGAAAAUAUGAAGUAUAGUUUUGUUUAUUCGGUCCUAGUAAUAAGUUUAUAUCAAUGCAGUAUCAUUUUUGCGAUGACAAGGCAACAACUUAAAAAUUCCGGAAAACUUAUGAAAAAAUCUUGUAUUCCGAAAAAUGAUGUCACUGAAGAGCAAGUCGGCAAAAUAGAGCAGGGAAAGUUCUUAGAAGAGAGGAACGUUAUGUGUUACAUCGCCUGCAUAUACUCCAUGACUCAAGUUAUAAAAAACAAUAAACUAAGCUAUGAGGCAGUAAUAAAACAAGUGGAUCUGAUGUUUCCGCCCGAUAUGAAAGACGCGGUGAAGGCUGCCGCAGCAAAAUGCAAAGAUAUUGAUGUCGAGGGCUCAACUAAAGAAGACAAUGACGAUUAUGAAAAAUCAGUGUAUGCCAAAAACUGGUGUUACUAAUGAUAAAGUUGGUAAAAUCGAGCAAGGAGUAUUUAUAGAAGACCAUGAUGUAAUGUGUUACAUUGCGUGUGUAUAUAAAACUAUCCAAGUUGUAAAAAAUAAUAGGUUAGAUAAGGACUUGAUUUCGAAGCAAAUUGAUAUCCUUUAUCCAGUGGAAAUUAGGGAACCAGUUAAGAAAUCUGUGGCAAAAUGCAUUUUAGUUCAAACUAAUUACGAAGACGCAUG